AUGUUAAAUAGCGAACAAUUGGAGGAUUUGACAGAGCGAUUUAAGACAGUUCAAACCGGUGGUGGCGGACAUUUGGAAAAGCACGAUGUACAAGAAGCACUCAAAGUUCUUGGAAUUGAUCUACCCGGUUAUGAGAUGCGCGACUUGUUGACAAGAUUCGGAAAUGCUUCAGAAGUUUCGAUCGCCGACUUUACAACACUUUUCAACGAACUCGAACAAAGAAAGUCGGCCGAAGUUAAAAGAUGGAAGCAAAGAAUUGGGUCCGUGCAGGGAACUUAUCAAAUACCAAGCGAGAAGCAAGAGAAUACGGUUCACACGAUUCGAGUCGAGGAAGAAGUGGCCUUCUCAAACUGGAUCAACUCGAAUCUUGGAAGUGAUCUCGAUCUUCGGAGAUUGCUCCCCGUCAAUCCAUCCGGUGGAGAAUUGUACACAAAAGUUGGAGAUGGUCUCAUUCUUUGUAAAUUGAUCAACCUGUCUACACCUGAUACGAUAGACGAGAGAGCGAUCAACAAGAAGAACUUGAAUACGUACACGAAGCUGGAAAAUUUAACCUUAGCGUUAAUGUCAGCUCAAGCAAUUGGAGUCAAUAUUGUGAAUAUUGGAGCCACAGACCUUUCCGUUGGAACUCCUCAUUUGGUGCUUGGACUUUUGUGGCAAAUCAUCAGAAUUGGCCUCUUCAAUCAAAUCGAUCUUCAUCACGUGCCUGGUCUCUUCCGUUUGAUGCAAGAGGGUGAAACCCUGGAUGAUCUUCGCAAAUUGAGUCCUGAAGAAAUUCUAAUGCGAUGGGUGAACUAUCAUUUGGAUAAGGUUUGUGUUCAACGACGCCUCACCAACUUCACGGGCGACAUCAUGGAUUCGGAGAUCUACACUCAUCUUUUGCAUCAAAUCGCACCAAAGGGGUCCGGAGUUUCUCUUCAUCCGCUUUCCGUGCAGGGUAAUGUGAACCGAGCUGGCUCAAUGCUGAACGAGGCCGAUAAGCUGGAGUGUCGUGAAUUCGUGACGCCCAAUGAUGUGGCCGGGGGAAACUACAAGCUCAACUUGGCCUUUGUUGCCAAUUUGUUUAACAAACAUCCAGCGCUUCCCGAUCCUGGGGCUGAUGAGCUUCCUGCCGAGGAUAUCAUUGAGGAAACUCGAGAGGAAAAGACUUAUCGCAACUGGAUGAAUUCGAUGGGAGUCAACCCUUAUGUGAACUGGCUCUACAGUGAUCUCAACAAUGGAGUGAUCAUCUUUCAACUUUACGAUAUUAUUAAACCUGGCAUCGUGAGCUGGAAACGAGUUGUGCAGAAAUUCCACAAGCUCAGAGGAAUGAUGGAUCAAAUUCAGAACUGUAACUAUGCUGUUGAACUUGGCAAGCAACUGCGUUUCUCACUUGUUGGCAUUCAAGGAAAGGAUAUUUAUGAUGGAAAUCCAACUUUGACGCUUGCUCUCAUUUGGCAACUUAUGCGCGCAUACACAUUAACCGUCCUUGCUGCUUGUACUCAAAGCGGAGACAGUCUUCCUGCCGAUAAAGAUAUUGUGGCUUGGGUUAAUAAUAAGCUUGCAUCAAAAGGCAAAACUUCAUCGAUCAGAUCAUUCCAAGACUCGAGCAUUUCGGAUGCACGCGUAGUACUUGAUCUCGUUGAUGCUAUUAAGCCCAACGUCAUUGACCAUAGCUUGGUGAAGAGCGGCUCAAGUCAAAACGACAAGAUGGAAAACGCUAAAUACGCAAUCACAUGUGGUCGCAAAAUUGGCGCCAAGAUCUAUGCCCUUCCGGAAGAUAUCGUUGAGGUUAAACCAAAGAUGGUGUUGACUGUGUUCGCUUGCUUGAUGGCUCGCGACUACAUGCCCGACAUGCAAGAAGCUGCUCCUGAGUCUACUCCUGUGGUUUACGAUAGUGCAAGCAAUGGUCAUUACGAUGCGUAUGGAAAUGAUGAGACUCACGAUCCCGCUUCUUUUGAUCUUCACAAUCUUGUGCUUUUGCAUAACUUAUCGAGCGUUCACAAAGAGUCUCCGUUCAUGGGCUGGCAUCAACCGAGUCUGACGCUGAACAAGUUCAAACGAAAACGAUCAGACAGAGGACAACUUUUCAACAAACGCAAAUGGGUACGUCGUGAAUUUGAAUCGGUGCUUUACUUGUGUGAUGAACAGAAGAGUGGCUUGAAUCAAACGCAAACAGAAAUCCCUUCAAAGAUUGUGAGUGAUAUUCGAGAGGCAAAGCCAGCGGAAGCAGUGAAAAAACGUGGAGAAAGGAGCAACACGAACUCGAAAAAUAAGCGGCCUCAAAAAGUUGAGGAUUCGCGUUACAUCGCCCAG